UUCGAGUUUACCUAUAAAAUAAACCGUCUUCAUUCUUAUCUAUUUAUCCGUUAUUCGUAGUUCGGUCGAUUCGACCGUAUUUAUUAAUAGAUUACUCGGAUAUAGCUUUACCAUGUACACCGAAGCGCGCGUUGGUGAAAGAUAGACGGAUAACGAAACAGCGAGAGCAAUAUGGAUGCGUAAUAGAUCGAUUCGUGGAAGUUAGCUUCGGAGGUUGACUCACGCUUAGUAUACUCGCGUAGUAUACCUGCGGCGGGCCGAUGACGUCACCGACAUUCUUGUCGGUCUUGUCACGCGUACGAUCGUUAAGCUCUUGUACGAGUUCCUUCUCUGGCCUCUCUCGAGUACUAUGCAUACGGAUUCUCGAAUGCGCCUCGAUGCUCGCGCUGCUGCUCCAUCAUUCUCCGUCCGAACGAAUAAAGAAAAUGAACCUCUUCCCACCUGUCUUUCCUUCGCUCGACGUUUCCAUGCGAAACGAGGGGCAUAGAUUAUCGACUUUAAGCGACUUCUCAUCCCACGAAAUACGCGGCCCCUCCUCCCCGUUCGAAAGAAUCGAUUCGGAUAACGAAUGAAAUCGAGAUAGGGAUAAAGCGAUCCGAACGAAACUACUUUGGUUACAGAGAUAUCUGAACCAGACAUCUUUAUUUUUUAACGAGGGAUAAGAGAAAGUCGAAAAUCGAACGAGUUUCGCUUCAAAAAUUUAUCGAGAAUCGUCUCCGAAUUCGUCUGUUCGAAAAAAAGAAAGAAAGAAAAAAAACAGUCGAAGGUUAUGCAUCGAGUCGAUUCGGUAACGGAUAUCGAUCGUCAAACAGAGCCCUCGUAUCGCGUUAAAAUACUGCCUGAAAAAACAUUCGCUUCGCAUCACGUCAACGUCACCGACGCUUUUCCAUCGUUUAUCGGGGCUUAAUCGCGUUAGCGUCGAACGAUCAAGAUCGAACGAUCGAUAGUAAUACAUCGGGAGUAAAGGAAAAUCGUGAGCGGAUGUGUUUGGCGCGCGGUUGUGGCGUGCAUCAAGUUCGACAGGAUUCGAGCGAUGAAAAUGAAAAGUCGAGGGAGGUGUGCAUCGCUCGAGUAUCCUAUCCUCGCGACUCCUACAAGGGGAGUUGUUACGCUUAAUUGUCCCUUGGUCCCUCGCCGCAACGUGAGAACGAAGUACACAAAGGGCUCGGGGCAUUUGUUCGUGAGAAACGCAUCGUUCGAUGCAUCGCUUUUGUUGGCUUCGAGCCGUGUACUGCUUCGAGCCAUCCUCCUCAUUCGUGACCUCGUUAAUAUCGCCGUAGAGAUUAUAUUAUAUCCAAUUCUCAAACUUGUAAUCGAAAAGAGUACAUCCUCUCAUCGAUUCCUUUUCUGAUUUUAAGAGAUUUUAAGGAAAGGAAAGGAAAAUCGAAGAGAAGUCGCAAAAAAAUCCGGUUAAAAUUCGCAGGUUGAAAAAAAACUCUUUCGUAUUUUUCUUCUCAUUAUAAAUCGUAAGAAAAAUCGAGAUACAUGAAUGAAACGCAGAGAAGAUAUACGAGGGGGGAGGAGGUAGCAGAGCAGGGUAACGAGGUAAAGUAAUGGAGAUUGGUGUGGACCGUGAGUUCGAGCAAAAGGGGUUGGCCGUUUCUCCCGUGUCUAGUAGCUGUCGCGCUCGCGCUAUCUAAGACGCGACGGAAACCGCGACUGCUCUCGCUAGCCAACGUUGGCUGCCGACUCAUUAACCUAAGUAGCUAGCGGAGAAGAGGAGGGAGUGGAGGAGGUAGCGAGCAACAGUCAGCUCCACUGUUCGAAGAACAUGGGUGGACGUGGAGCUGACGCGAUCACCGGAAACCAGGGCCUAGGCCAUUGUGAAUCGCGAGCCAACGCGACCAGAUUGAGGCAUUCGAGACACCUGGAUUUAAGAUCUCAAUUCUCCAACGACGAAGAAUUUGCGAUGCAGCAAGAUGAAAAUCACAAUCACAAGCCUGUGUUCUCGAAUUGUUCGAAUUACGCGCCAGUGGUGAAGGAGGAGGAACCGGUGGGCACAGUUGUGAUCCAAGUACACGCCAAGGACAGGGACAAUCCGGACAACGGAGGUACCAUUACUUACAGUUUCGUGACUGCGCCGGGCGAGAAGCUGAAAUUCGAGAUCAACAAUAGAACCGGGUUGAUCAGGACGACGCAGGUGUUGGAUAGGGAUGAACCAGCUCGUGAAAAGGAGGCCUACCUGACCGUCCUCGCGACCGACAAUGGAAGACCGCAGCUCGACGAUGUGUGCACGUUCAAAGUCACCAUCGAGGACGUCAACGACAAUUCCCCUGUUUUUGACAAAGUGGCGUACACCGAAUCAGUGCCGCAAGACUUGCCUCUUAGCCGAGAGGUUAUGAGAGUAUCCGCCACGGACAUCGACGAUGGGAACAACUCCGUCGUAUAUUACAGCCUGUCGCCUAAGAAGCCCGAGGACGGUGUAUACUUUCGAAUAGAUCGCAACACGGGUGUGAUAUUUCUCAACAAAACCAUCGACAAAGUUCCGGAUUACAAGUUCAGCAUGACCGCGACAGCCCAGGAUCAGGGAGAGAAUCCAAAGUCGAACGUGAUUGAUCUGGAUAUACGAGUGGUCGAGUCCCACAAGAAAGCACCUGUGUUUCUGCCGAGACCUGCCGAGCCGAUCCGAUUGCAGGAAAAUUUCAGCGACUUCGAUGCGAGUAUCGUGCAAUUAAAAGCUGUAUUGAACAGCGGCGAUAAACUUCUGUUCGAGCUGGUCCCGGGUACAACGGAGCAAACCAAUAAAGGGAAUACCUUCAGGUUGGAAUCGAACAAGGACGUAGCCGACAUAAAGCUCUCUCAACACCUCGACUACGAGAGCAACACGCAGUACACGUUGAUCGUGCGCGUGCAGAAUAAAUAUCAAUUGGCCGCCGAGACAACGGUCGUCAUAGAAGUGUUAGACGUCAACGACAAUAUACCGGUCUUUCGUGAGAUGAAGAAGGGCAGCGUGCUCGAGAACGAACCGCCAGGAGUUCCUGUGAUGCAAGUGCGCGCCAUAGACGCCGACGGGACUUCGGCUCACAAUCAGGUUACGUACGAGUUGGACAACUUCAGAGAUCUUUUCGCCAUCGACAAAUACACCGGCAACAUUACCACGUUGACCACGUUUGACAGAGAAGACGAGGAUACGUAUAACGUGAAGGUUAUCGCGGUGGACAACUCCCCCAGCGCCCUUUUCAAGACGGGGGAGCACAACAAGGGCCAGCAAGUGUUCAGGAUCGAGAUCGCGGACAAAAACGACAAUGCCCCUCACUUCACGCAAGCUGUAUACACCGCGAAUUCGAUCCUCGAGAAUGCGAACAUAAACGAGGCUGUUACAGAGGUGAAGGCUCUCGACUCCGACACUGCCAGUCCAGUAACGUACAGUAUUAUAUUCGGUAACACCGACGAUAGUUUUUAUAUCGAAGACACAACUGGUAAGAUUCGCGUGAAGAAACCUUUGGAUUACGAGAAAAUCACGGAAUACAACUUAACCGUCAGAGCGUUCGACGGGUUGUACAAUGACACUGCGCAGGUAAAGAUUUUCAUAGAGAACGUGAACGAUAAUCCGCCAGUUUUCGAAGACUUUAACAAGAAUCCUACUAUAGAGGAGGAAAAAUUGGUCGAAGGUUGUAUCACCACUGUGGUCGCUUACGAUCCCGACAUCACGGACAGAAAUGCCGAUCAGCACAUUGCUUACGCUAUUGUAAAAGAGGACCAGCAACCUCUGAUCGGUAUUGAUAAAUCUGGGUGUAUAACGUUGAAGAAACCCCUCGAUCGCGACCCGCCCUUAGGAUAUCCUAUGUGGACGGUGAUCGUAAUGGCUCGAGACGAGGAUGGAUCUCCGACUGCGUUACGAGAACUGGUAAUGGUGAACAUCACACUGAUCGAUAUAAACGACAACGCACCGUUCCUCGAUAUGCCAUACCCGGUGGUUUGGGACGAGAACAAGCCCCCCGGAAAGAUAACGGAACUGAAAGCUCGGGAUUGGGACUCAGAAGAGAACGGCCCGCCAUUUCACUUCCAAAUAGACAAGAAUACCGCCGACGACGAGAUCCAGGCGAAAUUCGCUAUUCGAGAUGCCGACCUGUUUGCACGGGUCGAGUUUAAUCGAGAGGAACGAAAGAGUUACGAUAUCCCGAUCGCUAUCACGGAUAGCGGUACACCACCGAUGACGGGAACAUCGACUUUAACCGUGAUAAUAGGGGAUGAGAACGACAAUCCUAUGUCGGAAGGCUCGAGCUCGAUAUUCGUUUAUAAUUACAAGGGCGAGGCGCCGAAAACGGAGAUCGGCCGAGUGUACGUGAACGAUCCGGAUGACUGGGAUUUGCCUGAUAAACAUUUUGCCUGGGCCUCGACCCACGAGGGAUUUUACUUAAAUCAAGACACCGGGAUGAUCACGCUUCUCCCGGGUAUCUCGAACGACACGUUCGUUCUCAAGUUCAUAGUGACCGAGCACAGCACGUAUAUUCCACGGCAUCAAGUGAACGCGUACGUGAACGUCACCGUGAAAGAAUUGCCCGAAGAAGCGGUGGAGAGAUCGGGCUCCGUGCGUUUCUUUGGGAUGACCGCCCAUGAUUUUGUCGCGCCCGACGAAGAAAGCGGUGUCAGUAAAAAGGAAAUAUUUCAAGAAAGAAUCGCCGACAUGCUUAACACUUCGGUGGAGAACGUGGAUGUAUUCACGGUGCUUCACUCGCCGCAUCACAAUAACGAGAGCUUGUUAGACGUGCGUUUCUCGGCACACGGAAGUCCCUAUUACGCUCCCGAGAAAUUGAACACGAUUUUGGCCCAACACGCGAAAGAAAUUGAGCGAGAACUAAAGACCGAUAUUCUUCUUGUGAACAUUGACGAGUGUCUGUUCGAGAAACAAUAUUGCAACAAUAGUUGUCGUAGCUAUCUGAAUGCCAGCACAGUUCCAUAUCCAGUUUAUACGAAUACGAGUACAUUCGUUGGUGUACGAGCGAUCGUAGAUCCACAGUGCACUUGUCACGUGUACGAACCGAUAGUUUGUCUGAAUGGAGGCACACCAUUGGCUGACCGAUGCGAGUGCCCUCCUGGUCUCGAAGGACCAAGAUGCGAGCUUCUCGGCAUUGGAUUUCACGGAGAUGGCUGGGUCAUAAUGCCGCCGCCUGGUCAAGCUUGCGACGACUCUCACCUGGGUCUUGAGAUAACGCCUCAUAUGGACAACGGUCUUGUGUUUUAUUUUGGUCCUAUGACGUAUAGCCCGAAGAUGAAAAUUCAAGACUUUAUGGCUUUGGAACUACAACAAGGAUAUGCUGUUCUUUACAUGGAUUAUGGAACUGGCACUGUGCGACUCGAUCAACGGCAUAUCAAACUCACCGAUGGCAAAAGCCACAAGAUAGAUAUUUAUUUUACGAAGAAUGCGAUUGAGAUGAAAGUAGACAAUUGCGGAAUUUCAGCUUGCAUUAGUUUAACCCCACCGCAAGGACCAAACGAGCUCUUGAAUGUAAAUAGUCCAAUGCAAGUCGGUGGAACUUUAACUAAUUUUGCACAACUAUCCUCGCAAUUAGGAUGGGAUUUUAAACCUACUAAUAAGGGAUUCGUUGGAUGUAUACGCAACAUGACUUUCAAUGGAAAUACGUAUAACUUAGGAAUGCCAUCGUUAUCUAGAAAUGCGGAUCCUGGUUGCGAUCACGGAAUGGCAAAAGCCGUUUCCUUCGGAAUCGACACCAAUUUUCUUGUCGCAAUUUUAGUUUGCAUCGCGAUUUUGUUGAUAUUGUUGCUGGCAGUAGUGGUACACAGACGGAAAACUGAUGAUCUUUACAAGGAUAUGGACGACAUAAGAGAGAAUAUAAUCAAUUAUGAGGACGAAGGAGGCGGUGAGGUAGACACAGGUUACGAUUUAAACGUUCUUCGAACGAUUUACGAUGCUCCGCCUAUCGAUUCAAAAAUACCACCGGUUGGCAUGAAAACGAGAGGGUCUGACGAAGUACCAGACAUUUGCGGUUUCCUAGAUGGCAAGAAAGAAAGCUGUGACAAGGAUCCCGAUACAAAUCCAUUCGACGAUGUCAGGCAUUAUGCUUAUGAAGGCGAAGGCAAUUCAGAGGGUUCCUUGUCGUCUUUGGCUUCUUGUAUGUACAUAAAUAUAAUAUAUCAUGUUAUGAUCAUCGAUAAUCAUUCUUUUGCGAUGUUUCUUCUUGCAGGCACUGACGAUGGAGAUCUCAAGUUCAAUUAUUUAUCGAAUUUUGGACCGAGAUUCCGAAAAUUAGCCGACAUGUAUGGAGAAGAACCUAGCGACGAGGAGAGUGACGGUGUCGGAGAACGAGAAAGCGAGAGCUGGUGUUGAGACUUACAUCGAACAUUAACUCGAACCGUUCAUAUCAAUAUCGAUUCAGUUAGUUUCAGCUCUCUGAUGAAGUUAUAUUACUUCGUCAUUUCGUGUACUUAAUUCGGAUUCGAGAAUACCUGAUGUUCUCUGCUCCCGAUACAAGAACACAGUGCUGAUUCGUGACAACGAUGGUCACAUAUUAUUUAAACAUAAUCGAAUCAUCGUAUCUUUUUCCUUUAUUUUGUUUUUUUUUAUUUGUUAAAUUUUUCUUCUAUUUUUCUCUUUUAUUGGAGCAGAUCGCUCUCGACUUACAACAUGUAGAAAACAAAAUUUGCUCGGUGUUUUUGAAGACUUAUUGAACGAUAACUUGCAACACUGUGAGAGAUAAUGAAUAUGAUUUUAGAUACACACCGAGUUGCAACGAGAGCUUAAGAAAAUAGGAAAUAAAGAUGAUGAUAUUCUUUCUUAUUGGCACGAAAAGAAAGAAAGAAAAAAUAAUGGCAAUGAAAAUCAAUGCAUCAGUGAGGAUGACUAUCGCGAAUAUUUAUUCGCGUUGGACGAUGGACACGCGCAAUUUGUUCAUUGCAACUGUUAUUCCGUGCGUGCAUUCCACUAGUAACGAAUGAAUUUUCAGUGUAAAACAAUCGCGAAGAUCUCUUUUUUCAGAGAACGAAAAUGCAUAAGAACUUGUAAUUUCUUUAAGCAAUCAUUCAAGUUACGAGGUCUGGACUUAUUUUUUUAUACAUAUGUAAUAGGAACGAAUAAAUAUAUAUAUAUAUAUAUGUAUGUAUGUGCGCGCGUAUAUGUAUGUGUGUAUGUAUGUAUGUAUGAAUGCAUAUUUACCUUGUUCCAUGUACCAUGUUCAUGAGAAUAUUGUGAACAGAAGUACGUAAAGUAUCGACGAAAAAUGAAACGAAUGAAAUGUAACGAUACUUGAAAGAAAAAACGAAGAAAAAGACGAAACAAAGAUAGCGAGAGUGAUGUCGCUCUGCUAUAUGUAUAUUUAACUUAUAGACUAUUUUAUUAACCGGUUAAUUAACGUGCGCGCGAGUGCGAUGAGAAAUCGUAUAUGCGAAACUUUAUAUGCGAAUACACGUAUAAAUAAAUAUCGAAUAUAUGCUGUGUGCGUGUACAUAAGCCAACUUAAUUGGUAUAGAAUGACGUGUGCGUGCGAUAUAUGUUCUAAAACAUGAAUGUUCGAGACAUAAAAUCGAAAAAAUCAGCAAGAAGAGAGCCGAGUGCCAUAUCGUGCAUCCAAUGACCAAGAUUUAUCCACCGAAUAAUCGUACUCGAAUACAUGGUCGCAACGUUACCGGCGGCAAACGGUUCACAAAGCAAAAAUUGUUUGUCAUUCUCUUCUUUUCGAUUGUUGACAAAUGCGUAUUUGAUUGUCAAAUCUCUCGUCAUUUAUUUCGUUUCAUUCGCGAAAAUAACUUUUCAUGCGUGCGCGCGCUUACGAAUAUUUCUAUGUAUAUAUAUAUAUAAAAAUAUAUAUAUAUAUAUGUAUAUAUAUAUAUGUAUAUAUAUAUCCGUGUACCUAUGUAGGCGUUCGCGCACGUACGUACACGUAUAUAUGUGAUAAUAAUUUGUAAGCUUUUUUUACGAUAAAUCAACCGCGAUGUAUAUGUAUAAUAAUAAUGAUAAUAGUAACAACAACAACAAUAAUUAAAAAAGAUACACAAAUCGUAUCGAUAGUGGAACUGGAAUAAGUGUGCAUGUGUCUUGGAUUUGCGCUUCCCGAGUCGGUCUCAGUGCAACCUUGAAAAAUUUUACGUGUAAUUUAUACGAUAAGGUAGAAUGCAGCUUAUAUAAAAGUGUGUGAUCUCAAGGAUCCGUAAGGAUAAAUUCUUACGUAUCAUAUCAUGAAUGGAUGCUACUUAGAGGAUUUUUUGCCAUCGAACAAUUAUAAUUAUAAUUCGGAAAGAAACAUUUUAUCGGAAUAUUAAAAUAUGCAUCAAUGAAUAUGGACUAUGUUGAACAGGAAAGACGGGCGCGGUUUUUUUUAACGAUACACUCCAUCUCAGUACAAAGAACGCCUCCGUCGACGAGCGGUAAAUAAGAAAUGCGAUUUAUCGACGCAAUGUUAUCGAAUUAAAUGGCGAAAUUUAGUUCGAUUUCAUAUGAAACUUAUUUAUCGUAUGUAUCGCCGAUACCAAGAGCGGACUUAUUCGCGAUAUAUUACGUUAUUAUACUCGAACACUGCCCUUAUGUACAAUUAAAGAAAAAAGAGGGAAAAGAAAAGUAAAAUACGAUUUUGUUCCGCAACUGACACAAGGAUUAUGAAUAGGUAGGCCAGAGAUAAACGCAUAUACAGGCUUAUUAUAAAUUAUAAGUAAGAUUCGCGAGACCAAAACGGUUCUUCGCGCGACCUAUUUGACAUGUGAUAGUUGAUCGCAAAAUAUACACGCAGCACAUCUUCUUUACUCGCAAAAUCCAUCUAUCGUCGUCGGAGAUACAUGUAACUUCGUGUUCUUCUUUCUUUUGUAGCAAUAAUAAAAGACGAUGACAUUGAAAGAAAA